AGCGAGAGAAAGCGCGAGAGACUCUCAGCCUCAUGACGCUUUAAUAUUUCCAUCGGUUUCUUCAGGGGACAUUUUACUGACGUUUACUCAACAGACGGCUCUUUAGAUGGCAUUUUCCCUGUGUGUGUGACUGACGGUAGGUGUCUGUGAAUCGGACCUUGUCUGUAUGUUUGGGACCUUCGAUUAUGGACAUGGACAAAUGAAAGGGACAUAAUCUGAAAACUCCAUGCAGAAUCCAUUUUUGCUUGGCAGCGUUUGACAUUGGUGAGCUUUUCUGAGCCACGUGCGCAAAUUUACGUGAUUUAAAACUCAUUACUGACGGAUUAUUAUGCAUAAAUUGUGUUUUGCGACUGUGAUGGUGCAAUGGAGACGUAUUGUCAGUUCACUGGGAUAUAUCUGACAUUACAAUAUUGAUAUUUUAAACUACACUUACAUUAAUGUACAAAGUGUGAAUUUCUGUUCCUAAGUCUUCCGUUCUUUCAUCAAGUAUUUGUCUUGUAUUCUGAAACAUGGCUUUACCUGCCAAUGCAAGUGGCCUUCCUGUCGAGGAACUGGCCUUUCCGGAAAUUAUUGAGCUGAACGUCGGGGGUCAGGUGUAUAUCACCCGCUACUCGACUUUAACAAGUGUGCCGGACUCCCUCCUGUGGGAGAUGUUCAGCCAGAAGAGCACCGAGAGCUUGGCGCGCGACACCAAGGGUCGUUAUUUCGUCGACAGAGACGGAUUCCUGUUCCGUUAUAUUCUGGAUUACAUGCGAGACCAGCAGCUCGUCCUUCCGGACCAUUUCCCGGAGCGAGGACGGCUGCAGCGAGAGGCUGAGUUCUUCAACCUCCCUGAACUUGUUAAGCUGUUGGCACCAAAGCUCAGUAAGCAGAACUCUCUAGGCGACGAGGGCUGCCAGAGCGACCCCGAGGAGCCCUCGCCAGGGGCCGACUUCGCCCGGAGCCUCGGGGCCGUUGCCUGCUCCAGCGACGGAAAGUGCUCCGGGUUCAUCACCAUCGGCUACCGGGGCUCCUACACUCUGGGUCGUGAUAGCCAAACAGACGCCAAGUUUCGACGAGUGGCUCGGAUUAUGGUGUGUGGGAAGACGUCUCUCGCUAAGGAGGUUUUCGGGGAAACGCUGAACGAGAGCCGCGACCCCGAUCGCCCGCCUGAGCGCUACACGGCGCGCUAUUACCUAAAAUUUACUUUCUUGGAGCAGGCUUUUGAUAGGUUGGCGGAUGCUGGCUUCCACAUGGUGGCCUGCAACUCCACGGGGACGUGCGCCUUCGCUCACGAGCAGACUGAUGACAAAAUCUGGGCCAACUACACCGAAUACGUAUUCUACCGAGGCAAAGCAUCCAUGUCAUCCUGCUUCAGUGAUCCAGAUAUCGACAGAGCAGCAGAGGAGACCAUAUAUAACCCAAAUAUGUCUAGCGUCUGUAGCCAGGAUGACACAAACACUGCCCUUGACCUGGACAACGAAUCUCUUUCAGACCCCCUUCCACCUCUCCGUCCACCCCUUCCACCCCUGGACAGCCCUGAACUGCCACUGCCCCGGGAACCAAGCCCCCCUCCACUGCCCGCUGACAGUCCAGCACGACCCACCACUUUGCCUCUGAAAACACUGCCCCGACCCAUGACCAGCAACACCAUGGCUUGCACCACCACCUCCAUCACCAGGGAGAAUGGUGGACCGCUGAGCAAAGACCCAGAAGAAGAGGAGAGGACGCUGAUGGAGGAAGAGCUAAAGAAAUGCAUAGAUGAUUUCAGGAAAAUACGCAUCCCAAAACUUUUCCCAGACCGCAAGAGACACUGGCAGAGUGAUCUGCUCAAAAAAUAUAAUGCAUAAUAUGGAUAAACCACGCUGCUGAAAACACCAGCACUGUUUAUAAGUGACUUCUUAGAUGCUCUUCAACACAAACCCGAUCUACACAGUGUAACUGUGUGUUUCACUUUGUGUUAUGCAUGCCAUCUAAAUACUUCUUUGUGUCAGUAUUUAUUUGAUUGCUCCUUAAUAAUUUUGAAAACAGUUUUUGAAUGUUAUGUUAUUUCAUGAUUAAGUGUCAUUUUUUAGUAGAAACAUAAUUUUUACCAUUAGUUAUGUGAGGUAAAAAAAAAGUUAAGAAGAAACUAUUUUAGAGCUUGCAACCUACUUGCCAUGUUCCAGCUUUUUGGAAUGACGUGAGAGCCAGUAAAUCAUUUUCAUUAAAUCAAG